ACAAAAGAUUAUCGUGUUGGCGCCAAAAUAAAAAGUGUGACACUUGUUGUAAAUAAUUUUGAUAAAAAAAAAAAAACAGUAGGUGAAAUGAUUUGUUAAAUAAAAAAAUAAUGAACAAACAUAAUGACAAUCCAUCAACUUCAACAACAAUUGACAACAUAAUUAGUCAAGAAUUUCCAGACAUAGCAAAACACGUUCUUCAAGAAUCAGCUGUUGAAUUUUUAAAACAAAACAAAUUUACAGAUUCAAUAUUAAAAAAACUUGUUGAUAUAUUUGGUGAUGUAUUUGAACGUGCAUUAAAAUUAUAUGAAACAAAAAGAGUUACAAAAAUAAUUGCAUUUGAUCCAGUUCAAAAAGGUACUUUAAAGGAUAUUUAUGAAUCAAGGUGGCUAAUUGAAGUUAAAGGAUUAACUGGUGAAUGUUAUACAUUAUUUCCAAAUGUAAAUUUUUGUUCAUGUUAUUCAUUUAGAUAUCAUGUACUUGGUGAUCAAUCAGAAUUAACAUGUAAACAUUUGUUAGCUGCUUGGUUAGCUAAUCUUGAUACAAAAAAAUUAAAUAUAAAUUCAUUAACACCAGUACAAUUUAAAAAUUUACUUCAUUAUCAAGUGACAUAUAUUCAAGAUGAAUCCACAAAUUGA